UAUCCACUACACGGUUUUGUUAGGUUAUUAUUAAUAAGUCUAUGUAUCACGGUAGCACAAUUCAUAAAACUCACGGAGAAUAAAAUGUAAAAUGAUAAUAACAUACUAUAUGGUAUGAACUGUUUUUAAUUUGUUUAAUCUUUUGUCUACGAGAUUUUAUUACUUGGCUUGGUUAGCAAUAGUUAAAAAAUAAUUUGAUUCUAUUGAACUAAAAUAUAGGUACCUAUUUCACAUUAUAGAAUUACUUAUACUUACAAAGUAAACAUUUUCAUUUAUGAAUAUUUUUCAAUAUUUGUUUGUAAAUUAAUGGUGACAUCAUUUAUCUAGUUUAUAUUAAUAUAUGAUUGUUUAAUUUUUGUUUAUACUCAGGUAAUUUAUCAAUAUGGCAUCAACUUCAAGAGAUUCCCAAGAAACCAUUGCCAAAAAGACUUGGGAAUUGGAAAACAACGUGCAAACUAUUAACACAGUUGAUGAUAUAUUUAAAUAUGACAAACAACAACAGCAAGAUAUUUUGACUGCUAAACCUUGGGAAAAAGAGUAUGUUUCUAUAUAUUCUAUCAAUUAUGCCCAUUAUUGUGUUUUAAUGAUAAUUUUGAAUGAUAGGUAUUCAUAGAUUCUGACUAGAGCUAGGAAUGUAUUGGUUUUUUUGCAAUGAUGCUUAUAUUUUUUCUGAAUAACUUUUCUAGCAAAAAUGUUCCUCCAAUUUUCAAGUGUAGCACUUUUUAUAAAAGGAAAUCUGAUUGGGGUGAUACUUCAGGCCGUCAUUUUUUGAUUUUCCCAGGAGUUCAUAAUAAAUGAGAAAAAUCAAGAAAAUGUAUGAAAUGUACUAUUUUCAAACUGUAAAUAUUACGGCCUUUCAAAGUGUAGGUAUAACUGAACUCUGCUCAAAAUUGUUUUUCGUCAGGAAUGAUUAAACGUUGUGUACAGAUUUACAUUUAAAUUCUUCUCGACCUUUCCAACUUCUCACUUAUCCAUCAUUUGAAGUAUGUCCAUUUGUUUAUUAAUAUUGAUUGUCAGUUAUAAAUAUUUGAAAUAAAAAUAACAAUUUCUUAAACCAUCUACACUAUUAGAAACAGUUACCUAUUAUAAUAUUUAAUUUAAUUUAUUAUUUAUUUUUACAGUCCACACUAUUUUAAAGAUAUAAAAAUAUCAGCAUUAGCUUUACUAAAAAUGGUAAUGCAUGCUCGAUCUGGUGGUAUUUUGGAAAUAAUGGGUUUGUUACUUGGAAAAGUAGAAGGCAAUACUAUGAUUGUUAUGGAUUCUUUUGCUCUACCUGUUGAAGGAACAGAAACUAGAGUCAAUGCUCAGGCUCAAGCAUAUGAAUAUAUGACUGCAUACAUUGAAUCUGCUAAAGUAGUAAGUUUAUACUUUAUAGAUAUUAUUGAUUUAAUUCUUAAAUUCAUAUAAAAACCUUAGUUCGAUUUAAAUUUUUUGAUUUUUUGGUACAUGAAAAUCAAAAUACCUUGCAAGAAAUUAGCCUACUUAUUUAUUUAGUUUCCCAUCGCUUGACUUAAACUAGCAAUAUCUAUAGUAAUUUUUAAAUAAUAAUUUAAAAGUACGUAUAUUUUGUUUUUUAACACAUUACAUUUAGAUGAUAUAUUAUUAUAUUAUUUUUCAAUUAAUUAAUCACUGUUGUAUAAAAAUAUUUUAGGUUGGACGUCAAGAAAAUGCAAUUGGAUGGUAUCAUAGCCACCCCGGUUAUGGAUGCUGGUUAUCAGGUAUUGAUGUUUCAACACAAAUGUUGAACCAAAAUUUUCAAGAACCAUUUGUAGCGAUUGUAAUUGAUCCAGUUAGAACAAUUUCUGCUGGUAAAGUUUGUUUGGGUGCUUUUCGAACUUAUCCUAAGGUAUUUUUUUAAUUAUAUUUAUUGUAAUAUUAUAUAAAUAAUAUAACAUACAACAUUGAUAGGGUUAUAAGCCUGCAAAUGAAGAGCCGUCUGAGUAUCAAACUAUUCCAUUAAAUAAAAUCGAAGACUUUGGAGUGCAUUGUAAACAAUACUACUCAUUGGAAGUAAACUACUUUAAAUCUUCACUAGAUCGACGUUUGUUAGAUUCUUUGUGGAAUAAAUAUUGGGUCAACACAUUAAGUUCAUCUAGUCUAAUUACCAAUGCCGAUUACUUAACUGGUCAGAUUAAUGAUCUUUCUGAUAAACUGGAGCAAGCUGACACUUCUUUGAGUCGUACAUUUUUUGAGCCUACGGAUCGAUCAAAAGCAGAAAACAAAUUGGUAAAAGCUACCAAGGAUAGCAAUAAAGCUACAAUUGAAAUAUUAUGUGGAUUAAUGUCUCAAACAAUUAAAGAAGCUUUGUUCAACAGUUGUAUACCAAAGAAUAAUCAACAGUAAAAACAAAAAAUAUGUAUUACGAAAUUUAAAUUGAUUUUAUUUAAGAUUAGAAUUAUAAUAAAUAAGUAAAUUUUUUUUAUAAGAAUAAAUUAAUAUCAUUAUAGUUAAUAUUUUUGUGUUUGUUCCUGAUCCACAACUGUGUAUUGAACUUUUGAGUCUAUUACAUGGAGAGAUCUAUAUAUUUUCAUACAGAAGUGUAUAAAUGAGUUUAUUC